AUGUCUUGGAGAAACAGUGCCCAGAGAACGGGCAUGAAUGCACAGCCCCUUGGUAACACGCGCAGAUGGGGCUCGGGUGCGUCUAGUGGUAUCGGCGCCGGAGGAUACGAACGCGCUCCCCCAAAACGUUCAUAUGAUUAUGACAUGUCGCGUGCCUCACAUCACGAAGGUGCGCGUAAACGACGUUCACGUUGGGGUGAUGAAUCUGAUCGUAAAGAUGCUUCAUCUGCAGCUAUAACUGGUAAUGUUUCGGGUCAAGAACUUGAUCGUUACGCCAUCCAAGUGCGACUGGACGAGAUCAAUCGAAAGCUGCGUACAGGUGACGUGAUUCCACCUGAACGGGAACGCUCACCAUCGCCUCCUCCUACCUAUGAUAGCCAGGGAUUCAGGAAUAACACGCGAGAAAUCCGUUACCACCGCAAAUUGAGUGAAGAGCGAACCCGCCUAAUCGAACGGCAAAUGCGUCUGGAUCCGUCCUAUCGUCCACCGCUGGACUAUCAAAGUAGCCGCAAGUCGGGCCGUCCUACCGAGAAAGUGUAUUUACCUGUCCGAGAGUUUCCAGAGAUCAACUUUUUCGGUUUGCUGGUCGGCCCGCGUGGAAAUACGCUUAAGAAAAUGGAGAGUCAAAGUGGUGCUAAAAUUCAUAUCCGUGGACGGGGAAGCGUGAAGCAUGGUAAAGGAUCGACAGAGGGUGAGGAAGAAGACAUGCACUGUAUUGUCACUGCAGACAGUGAACGAUCUAUUAAGCUUUGUAUCAAACUGAUCAAUGAAGUCGUCGCCACUGCUGCAUCCACACCCGAAACGCAGAAUGACCAUAAACGUAGCCAGCUGCGUGAAUUGGCUGUAUUAAAUGGUACUCUGCGUGAUGAUGAAAAUCAAGUAUGCCAGAAUUGUGGCGAGCGAGGGCACCGCAAGUUUGAGUGCCCUCAUGAACGGAAUUGGACGACGUACACGGUAUGCCACCGAUGUGGACAAAGUGGUCACCUUGCUCGUGACUGCUUCUCCGCACCCCGUGCCGCCGGAGAUGGUAUGGACGCCGUUGGCAACCAAGUUGAUACCGAGUAUGCUACCUUGAUGGCUGAGUUGGGUGAGCAGCCUGGAGGCUACGCCAGUGGAUACCUCGGUGUGCCUGGCUACGCUGGACCUCCCAAAAACGAGCGCGGUGAAAAAAUUCCGCCAUGGCGUGACCCUAGUGUAUGGAAUGCUCCUGGUCCUGGCCGGAGUCAACAUGACUCCUUACCCGAUAGCUCCUAUGCUGAGGGUGGAUGGACCGCUGUUGGUUACGAUUAUGGUUGGGGCACCGAUGGAGGACAGGCGGGUGCCGAUGGCCAGCGCGACUACUCAGCCGAAUGGGCCGCAUACUAUGCUGCGCAAGCAGCGCAGCAGCAGCAGAUGCAGGAGUCAGGCGGCCAAGGCGUCCGUGACUACUCCAAGGAAUGGGAAGAGUAUUAUCGCCAACAAGCAUUGGCGCAGCAGCAGCAAUGA